UCUAUCUAUUCAUUCUCUCUCACUCUCUCUUUCAUAGACACUAAACGAACAGAGAAAAAACAAAAAGAAAGUGCAAGAUGCAAGAACUUCCGAAUUGCUUGUACGAGGGAGAGCAACCAUCCUUGAUCACUCCUUCAUCUCCCACACCAAAUCAGACUCUCUACCUUUCCAACCUCGACGACCAUCAUUUUCUCAGAUUCUCCAUCAAGUACCUUUACCUUUUCCAAAAAUCUAUCCCUUCUUUAACCUUAAAAGAGUCUCUCUCUAGGGUUCUAGUCGAUUACUACCCUCUCGCGGGUCGGAUAAGAGUCUCCAAUGAGGGGAACAAGCUCGAGGUUGAUUGCAAUGGGGAAGGCGCGGUUUUCGCAGAAGCGUUCAUGGAUAUAACUUGUCAAGAGUUUCUUGAUCAGCAUUCUCCCAAACCAAACAAGUCUUGGAGGAAGCUCUUGUUCAGGGUUCAAGCUCAGAGUUUCUUGGAUAUUCCUCCUCUUGUUAUACAGGUGACGUAUCUCCGUUGCGGGGGUAUGAUCCUCUGCACUGCGAUCAAUCAUUGCCUCUGUGACGGCAUCGGCACAUCGCAGUUCCUACAUGCAUGGGCCCAUGCCACCACUAGUAAAGUUCAUCUGCCGACCAAACCAUUUCACUCUCGUCACGUGUUAGAUCCACGAAACCCUCCACGUAUCACACACUCACAUCCUGGUUUCACCGGAACCACCACCGUAGACAAGAACUCCACCUUCGACAUAUGCAAGUCUUUGCAGUCCCAACCACUGUCUCCCGCCACCUUAACCUUCACGACAUCUCAUCUCCUACGCUUAAAGAAAACCUGCUCUCCCUCGCUAAAAUGCACUGCGUUUGAGGUACUAGCGGCUCACACGUGGCGAUCGUGGGCUCGAUCUCUUGAGUUACCAAUGACCAUGUUGCUCAAGCUUUUAUUCUCCGUCAAUAUGAGGAAAAAGCUGAAUCCAGAACUUCCUCAAGGAUAUUAUGGUAACGGAUUUGUACUAGCAUGCGCCGAGAGCAAGGUACAAGACCUAGUCGAUGGUAAUAUUUACCAAGCGGUGAAAUUGAUACAAGAGGCAAAAGCGAGAAUCACCGACGAAUAUGUUAAAUCAACGAUAGAUUUACUGGAGGAUAAAACAGUGAAAACAAACGUCUCAUGCAGUUUGGUCAUUUCACAAUGGGCAAAAUUGGGACUAGAGGAGCUGGACUUGGGAGGAGGAAAGCCAAUGUAUAUGGGUCCUUUGACGAGUGAUAUUUAUUGUUUGCUUUUACCGGUCGCCGGAAACAAUGAUGCCAUUAGGGUUCAGAUGUCCCUACCGGAGGAUGCUGUGAAGAGACUAGAGUAUUACAUGGUUAAGUUUUUAGACGGUCAAGAUAACAAAGAUGAGAAUUCUUAUGCAUGAUAAAGUUUUAUUUUUAUGGAUUCCAUCAAUGGUCUAUAAUAAAAGAGUAGCUCAC